ACGUGAUGCUUCAACAGUGCCCAAGUUUCUUGUUUGAGAUUCUUACAGACUACAGGCUACAGCCACCACUAUAUCACUGGAAUAUUUGAGAGAAUCAGAGAAGACCCAAAUCAUGAUCUUCGUUGAUGGGCUUCCAUUCUCUCCUCGUUAUUCUUCAACAUCUCAGGGAAAGGAUAUUCUACUUGCUCUGUUGGAAAAUCCCAUUUUGGUAUCAGCCUCGAACUCUUUCAAAGCUAUCCCCGAGAGGAAGUUCUCAGUGUCUGAAGACUCUACUCUAGAAAGAUCAAAAUGGGUUUAUAUAUUCCAAAGAGAAUAUGCUACUGUUGACCCUGCAGUUGUUGAGUUUGUUGGCACUGAUGAAGCAACAACUUGUGUUGGCCUUGUUAUUCGGAACCGAAGGAAUGGAAUGACAUCAGUUGCUCAUAUGGAUUCACCAAAAAUUGUAGAAAUGGGCCUCUCUCAAAUGCUAUCACAACUAGUUGAUGGCUUGGACACUGAGUUCGAUGUGCAUAUAAUUGGUGGUUUUGAAGAAGUUUCUCUGCAGCAUGCCAAGGCUAGCACUGAAUCAGAAGCCCAAGCAGAAUUCGGUGAUCAUUCCUUUCCUUUAUGCACAAAAAUUGUUCAGACUUUAUGGGCAAGAGAGGAGAAGUUUCACAUUCGGACCAUUUGUGUUCUUGGACAUAAUACCAGAAGGGAUUCCAAUGGAAAUGCUUACCCGUUGUUCAAUGGAUUUGUGUUACUUGUAUACUCAAAACAUGAAGUGCCUGUUUGUUUCAUGUCCUCAGCUGGAGAAAAUGUUGAGACUACUUCAGGAAAUAUCAUCCCUGCAAGUUUUCAUACAAGUACCAGAUGCCCAGAUGAAAUUGUCAGAAGAAUACGAGUGUCUGCUUCUUAUGAAGAUACCAGUUGGAAUGGGAAGUUAAUAGAGACAUAUGAUACUGCAACUGACCAGUUUCAAAUUGCUCCUUGCAGAUGGACUCAUCGCCAGUACUAUGCUGCUUUGUCGCUUCUGCAUUAUACAGAUUCAGAAAUUCUUUCAAUAUGCUCCACCUCACCUACCGCCGAGGGCUCAGAUUUUGUGGACAAUUUGAAGAGGCAGUGGAAUUAUUUGAUUGCGCAUCCAUACUGGACAGACACCUUUCCGGAGAAGCAGCCUCGCGUUUUUAAGAGAACUACCGAUGGAAGGUGGAGAAGAUGUUGACAAAAUUCUAAGGUUGCUUGAUGUGGUAUAUGCAUAUCAACAAUUACACUGAAAUGUUACCCUAAGUUUCAUUUAUCUCCCUAGCAAAUGAGUUGCCAAAUAGCAAGAUGUCAACGAAUACACGGUUAAAAUUUAUCUUGGGAAAAUAUCUCUGGGAAAAAACCCUUGGACCAUGUUUGAGCUCUUAGAAAUGGUAUAGGAUGUGUGGUUCAUCAGUAUUUUCACAUUCUUAGGAUUAUGAACUUGGGAAUGUUAGCUUUAAGUCCUUUCUUGCUUUUAAAAAUUUUCAAAGAAAAAAAUAGUAAAAAAUAAUAAAAAUUUGUUUUCUAU